AUGAUUUAUGCAGUAUGCCAAAAAUAUCCAGAUGUUGUGAUUCUGGAAAAAUCUACAGACCAGUCUGCCUGGGGUAGUUUCACCCCAGACACAAACACGCACAGAGACAGGCAGAGAGAGAGAGAGAGAGAGAGAGAGAGAGAGUCGUGGUGUGUCAGCUUGUAUUCUCGUCACACUCCUCCGGUGUUAAAGCGCGCAGAGAGGAGAGCAGAGGACGACAGGAUGGAGCGGAUGGAGUCGAUGGAGCCGAUCACGGCGAACUACACCACGUCCUACCCGGAGAUCCAGCCCGACAGCGGCUACCAAUCCAGAGAGACCACCGAGGGCAAGGCGAAGACCCCUCCACCUCCCACAUACGACGAGGAGUUAGUGCACAAGACGAUCCUGGUCGGGGACAGCGGCGUGGGGAAGACGUCUCUGUUGGUGCAGUUCGAUCAGGGAAAGUUCAUCCCCGGAUCCUUCUCUGCUACCGUGGGCAUCGGAUUCACGAAUAAAGUGGUGACUGUAGACGGAGUGAAGGUCAAACUACAGAUUUGGGACACAGCAGGACAGGAGAGAUUCAGGAGCGUGACACAUGCAUAUUACAGAGACGCACACGCUCUGCUCCUCCUGUACGACAUCACCAGCAAAACCUCCUACGACAACAUCAGGGCAUGGCUAACAGAGAUCCAUGAGUAUGCACAAAGCGAUGUAGUCAUCAUGUUGCUCGGCAACAAGGCAGACAUGAGCAGUGAGAGAGCGAUCAGGAGAGAUGAAGGAGAAAGGCUGGCCCGGGAGUAUUCAGUCCCCUUCAUGGAGACGAGCGCAAAGACAGGAGUCAACGUAGAUCUGGCCUUCACGGCUGUGUCCAAGGAGCUGAAGCAUCGAUCCGUCCAGAUUCCCAACGAGCCCAAGUUCCAGAUCCACGAAUACAUCGAAGCACAGAAGGAGAAGUCCAGCUGCUGCAGCUACUUCUAAAGCUCGCCGCUGAGUCCUCGUCCUCCUCCCACCGCACAGACUGUCAGAGACACAACGGGAGCUGCUGAGUGGGAGGAAAUCAGAUUAAAUCACCGCUUGCUCCCAAAAUAUGAAGCUGCCGUUUCAUUCAAGACCGCAGGCCGAAAGUAGAUCAAUGAGCGAGAGGAGAAACCAAGAUAUCGACUCAGACACCCCCAUGCCUCUCUGCCACAAAUGAGCAACUGAAUAUAAUUUCAGUUAGUACUAUAUUAUAUUAAGAGUUUAAUGCGAAAGAUAUCCUCCUCCUAUUUGCUUUCUUUUUCAGAGUUAGAAGAUGCUCUCAUGCAGAUCUUUAAGAUACCUCUGCACUUUUUAUAUCACAGACAAAGCCAUACAUUUAAAUCAAACACUCGGUAUCUUCCUGAAUAAUACAAAAGAUGUGUGCCAUUUCAGAUAUUUUUUGCUUUUUCAAGAUUUAUUUUUGGGCUUCUUUUAUGUUUUUAUGUGAGAGACAGGACAUGGGAUUGAGCCGCAAAUCAGGGCAAUGAAGAGAAGGGUUGAAGGUUGAAUGAGGUACUUGUCAAUAGAAAGAUGCCGGUCAGCUCCGCCCCUUUAAGGAGAGACUGGGCGGAGUGCAAGGACAGAAGUUCCUAGUCCUCCAGGCCAGACCCUCAAUAUCUAGCUUGGUACAACCGAACUCAUACCAACAAAGUCUGCAGGAACCUGGGUGUCAUGAUUGAUGACCAGCUUGAACAUUUAAGGUUCAAGUGGCCUUGAUUAUCCGAUCAUGUCGGUUAGCUCUGUACAACAUCAGACCUUACGUGUCAGAACAUGCUACACAGCUCCUGGUACAGGCUCUUGUGCUAUCACACAUUUACUAUUGCAACUCACUACUGGCAGGUCUUCCUACAUGCACUAUCAAACCCCUGCAGAUGAUACAAAACAUAGCAGCAUUAAGUGGCUUGCUAGCAGGAAAUUAUACUGCGCUGUAAUUUAUCAAUAUAGCGCACAUUUACCCCAAUGUUGUUAUUUAGCUCAGUUUCUUGAAAUUAGUUAAGUUUCAUAGAGCAUACGGUGUCAUCGGCAUAGCUGGAUACUCUAGCUCCCGUGCCUGAACUCUGCCUGUCUCUCCCUAAAGGGUCCACGAUAACCAGCAUCUCCUGAGGUUAAUAGACUUACCAUUGACAAGUACCUCAUACAGCCCCAAAAAUACAAAACUAUCCCUUUAAAGGUCACAUAUUCUCCUACUUUUCAACCAGUUUAAAUACAUCUCAGCUCCCCAAAUCAUGUCUGCGAAGAUUCUUGUUCUAAAUCCACUCUGAUCCUGUAUUUGAUCAUGUCUAUAAACCCCUCUAUUUCAGCCCUGCUCAGAACAGGCUGUUUCUGUGUCUGUACCUUUAAACGUAAAUGAGCUGUGUCUGACCACGCCCCCUCUCUGGAAGGGCUUGGGUGUCU